AUGGAUACGGAGAAUAUGGAUCUAGCGCAGCGUCUUUUGAUCUCGGAAGCAAGAGAACAAUUCCGGGGUGACGACGACGGUCAAGAAGCGGUCGACAUCUCGACUGUUCCGAUCAGCUACUAUCCCGGAAACAUCUUUGCCGAGGAGAGUCCACUGGAGGCUUGGAGAAUUCGACCUUCGGUUGUCGAUGGACAGGACUGGUCGAACGUCGAGAGGACGAAGUCCACUGUGGAGUCGGUGGAGGCUAUCCUCCGAGAUCUCAACGCACAUGGGGUAUCGUUCAUUAUUCCGAAGCGGGAUCAGAGGCCUUGGUCACCUCCGAAGGGAUAUCAGUGUAUUUACGAGUCGUAUUUCUGGAACGACACGAAGUUGUGGUUCCCAAUUCCUCGAAUCGUCACGGCUUAUGCGUUCCGCAGAGGAGUCGCUUUGAGCCAGCUGAUGAACGGUUCUCUCCGGUUGAUGGUCGUUCUAUCGGUGAUUGGCGGCGAGGCGGGGACAUCGAUGAGUGUGAGGUCGUUUGAAGAGUUGACCUCGGUUUCAAUUUCCGACGAUGGGCUCGUCUCGACGAGGAUGCGCCCAAACUACAACGUGGUCACGGGGUACCCGACCAAAACCUCGGAUUGGCAACGUUCGUACUUCUAUGUGAAGUCGAACAGGUCAGCGUUCGAGGAACCUCCGAAGUCUGGUUAUCGCGUUCUUUGGAAUGCGGAGAUGGUUGGUCACCCGAAUCUCGCCACGUACCCCGAGGAUUGGAGGGAGAGUGCUCGGAUUGUUGCGUUGCAGAAGCAAGAUCACUGGGAAGGAUUUUACUCGGGAGAGAAUUCAAAGAUCCAAAGCUGGAUCUCGGACCCGCAUCCUCAUAUUAACCAAUCAACAUCGAAGAGAUUAUCCCUCUUUACGCGAGCUGAGCAGAAGGAGAUCAACCGAGCUAAAACGAUGAAGCAAUUGCCGGACCUUAGUCUUAUUGUAGCCGGGAAGAUAGGUGCCAAGCGAGGCGCUUCUGAGAGCAGGGUUGGUCCUUUGGGGCUGGAGGUUGUAGAGGCGACUCCAAUUGCCAUUGAGCAGGCGCGUACUGGCGGCUCCUCGCAGGGUAAAAGCUCGAAGAAGAGCAAGAAAAGUGCCGGGGGUCCGAAGGAUUCCUCCGAGCCGGAACAUCCUGGUGCGGAUGGUUCUUCUAAGAAAGGGGGGAAGAAAAGGAAAGCCGGGGACCCGCCCACUGAAGAUGUUCCCAAGAAGAAGAGGAUGAAGAAGAAAGAACUGGCUUUCCCCCGCUCAUCCUCGGUCUGUGAAGAGGAACUUCAGGCUCUAGUUCCUGAAACUAUCCCUGAGGUUGGGACCUCGGAGGAUGAUGAGAAUGAGACCAUCGCCCUCCGCCGACGGAGACGGGAGGGUCGAGUCACCGAGGAGGUGUCCCGUGGAGCCUUGACGGGAUCUGAGACCCGAGUAUCUGGUCGUCCUAAGGAAACCCCGGCAGAUGGGUUUAGGUUCGAAUUUAACCCUGAGCUUCCGCUGGCUUGUUACCCGGAGGAUUGUGCCCGCUUGUUGCGGUUGGUCAAAGGCGGUCCCGAUCAACUCCCUUCGGUGGGAGAUCUCAUCUUCAAAGACGAGUAUGAGCACGCCUCUUGCUCGUCUGUAAAAAGCCAUGGUGAUUGGAAUGUUUUGGUCGAGAAGUACGACUCAUCUCUCAGACGGGCCAGGGAACAGAUUCGUGAGGGCGAGGAGGCUAAGAAGAGAACGGAGGAGGCUCUUCGGGUUUCUACGCGAGAAAAGGCAGACGCCAUUGCUCGGGAAAGAGCCCUCAGGAAGGCGUUUGACGAGACGCGGACAUCUGACGCAGCUGAGCUGCAGAUGUGCAAGGAGUCAAUGAACAAUCUUGAGCUCGUGGUGGAUAAGCAGCGGAAGGAAAAGGCUGAUCUAGAGGCAAAGAUGGCUGCGGAAUUGCUAAGGCAUUCCGAGGAGAUGGACAGGCUUCGGAAAUCUCGUAAAUACGAGGUCACGCACGAGAGGAUUCGCGUGCUGAUUGCCAUGAUCGCUAAAGCCGAGAAACGUUUUCACAAGAUUUCCCCCGCGAGGACAAAAGGGACAAAUACGACGAUGCUCGGUGUCUCCAUAGUCAAGCCUUCGGGACGAGGAAAUGAAACUAUCGAUUUCUUCAUCGGGCAAGAGAAGCACUACGAGGAAGAGGCAGAGCGCUUGGAAGUAAAGGAGAUUCCGGCGGAAGAUCUUUGCCUUUCUCCGCUAGUGUUGGAGUCUCGGUUUUUGAUCGAAGAAAUAUGGCGUCAGCUUGACCCGUUUGGGUCGAAUAUUGAUUUAAUCGAUUCGGAGGCCGCUGUUGCUCUCCGUACUCCUCUUCGUUCUGAAGAUCCGAUGGAGAAGCCCGCUCAAACUGCCGUCUCUUCCAACCAGCGCAUCGAUCAAGACAUUGAUCCUGCGAAGCAGGCAUCAGCGGGAGCGGUUGUUCUCAAGGACGGGGCCGUGCCGACUAUCGUGCUGACGGAUUCUCCUGCUAAGGCAUCGAAGAAUGCCAGCUCAUCUGCUUCCUCGUCAGAGGACCCGGAGAAAGGUGAUGAUGUUCCGACGGAAAUGCCUCCUGCGGAUGCGACUGCGCCAGCCCCAACCAAAUUUGGCCGUGUCUCGGGCCCCAGAGAGGGAGAUGACAGCGGCAACAAGGAUCCUCCCGUGGUUGAUUAA